ACACCGCAUAAUUUAACGAGAUAGAACCCACAUAUCUGCCAGUUGCUUUCUAGUGCCUGCUUCCUCUUGCCUUCUCUCUUUUCCUCCCUCUCCACUCAGUCAACGCCGCCGCCUUCUCCUCGAAGUCAUUCAGGGCAAUAAUGGGUCGGGAGGUUUUGCUUCCUCCCGACCCCUGUUCUGAGUAAGACCAAGGAAGGAGAAUAAGCGUCUCCACUGCUCAACUUAUUUGUUUCUCCUUGAUGCUGGCGAUGGGGGAAAAAGGUGUCAACUCGACGGAACUUUGGAUUUUCCGCAGAUUAGGCAUAGCGGGGCCGUGGCGUUCGCGAUGGCGAAGGUGGACUCGCCCGCUUGGUGGUGUCAUCCGCUCCUCAGGUCUCAUCGCCUUCCUCCUCGGGUACUUUCUGGCUUGCAGCAUCGUGGCGAUCCUUUUCUUCCGGCUUUGGGUUUCUUCCUUUCUGACGGAUGAUUUGGUUUCUGCUGGCUGCCGUCCGGACGGGGAGGGAUCGUGGUCGAUUGGGAUUUUCUACGGGAAGAGCCCCUUCUCGCUGGCUCCCAUUGAAAUGUCAAACAGGAGUAACGAGAAAAGCUCGGCCUGGCCAGUUGCGAAUCCUGUGCUCACGUGUGCUUCUGUCUCCAAUGCUGGUUAUCCCAGCAAUUUCGUUGCGGAUCCUUUUCUUUUCGUUCAGGACAAUACAUUUUACCUCUUCUUUGAAACAAAAACGGUGGCCACAAUGCAAGGUGAUAUUGGGGUCGCAAGAAGUUUGGAUCAAGGUGCUACAUGGGAAUUUCUUGGCAUUGCUCUAGAUGAAGCAUGGCAUCUCUCUUAUCCAUAUGUUUUCAAUUACCAAAAUGAUACAUAUAUGAUGCCCGAGGGCAGCAAAAAUGGGGACCUUCGGCUUUAUCGAGCUACUAAAUUUCCACUCGAAUGGACAUUUGAGAAGGUUCUUGUGAGUAAACCACUCAUAGAUACAUCGUUGGUUCACUUUAAUGGAUAUUAUUGGCUCUUUACUUCAGAUUUUACUAGGUUAAGUGUAGAGAAGAAUGCGGAGCUUGAAAUAUGGUUCAGUAACUCCCCGCUUGGCCCAUGGAAAGAACACCGAAAAAACCCUAUAUACCAAUCUGACAAAAGCUUGGGGGCACGAAAUGGAGGUCGUCUUUUUGUUUACGAAGGUUCUCUCUAUCGUCCUGGUCAGGAUUGUAGUGGGACUUAUGGUCGAAGGCUCCAGAUAUACAAGGUAGAAAGGCUAACUGAACAAGAAUACAAGGAGGUGCCAGUUUCAUUUCCCAUUGGAGAAACAAAAAAGGGCAGGAAUUCUUGGAAUGGUGUUAGACACCAUCACCUAGACCCAAAACAGCUCCCUUCAGGCACCUGGGUUGCUGUUAUGGAUGGAGAUCGUGUUCCUUCUGGUUAUUCAACAAGGACUUUACUCCUUGGCUGGACAUUUUUAAUUCUGCUUUUUCUUCUGGUUAUGUUCAUUGGACUAUUGAUUGGUGUCUUGGAUUGUAUUCAUCCUCAAGGAAAUUAUCUGAUCAUUAGUCGAAGAAAUGAGUCAAUUUCAUUUUGGGCAAAUCCCCACUCCAAACUUAAGAGGUAUGCUGCAGUCAUAAACAGAUUCAUUCUUUCACUCAAAGGCAAAGCAAAGCUGAAAACUUGUCAUGGAAAGCUCACCAUCAGCCUCCUAUCUAUCAUUGGCAUGGUUCUAGUCUGUAUGGCUGUUCAAUAUUUAUAUGGAGGGAAUGGUGCUGAAGAGGGCUACAUGUAUAAAGGCCAGUAUUCCCAGUUUACAAUGCUUACAAUGACUUACGAAGCCCGCCUUUGGAAUCUAAAGCAGUAUGUGAAACAUUACUCUAGAUGUGCUUCUGUUAGAGAGAUUGUAGUCGUUUGGAACAAGGGAAAACCUCCCGUUCAAGGAGAAUUUGACUCUGCCGUGCCCGUCCGAAUCCGUGUUGAGCAACAUAAUUCUCUGAAUAAUCGGUUUAAGGAUGAUGGUCUUAUACGAACCAGGGCUGUUCUUGAACUCGAUGAUGAUAUAUUGAUGACUUGUAAUGACAUAGAAAAAGGGUUUAGAGCCUGGAGAGAGCAUCCUGAGAGAAUUGUGGGGUUCUAUCCUCGACUACUGGAUGGAAUCCCUUUAAAAUAUAGAGAUGAAACUUAUGCUAGGAAGAAAAAUGGCUACAAUGUCAUAUUAACUGGUGCAGCUUUCAUGGAUGUUGAGCUUGCUUUCAAGAGAUAUUGGAGCGAGCAGGCAAAAGAAGGAAGAGCGCUAGUUGACAAAUUAUUUAAUUGUGAAGAUAUACUAAUGAACUUCUUGUAUGCAAAUAUUAGCUCUAUGAGGACCGUUGAGUACAUUCAUCCUUCAUGGGCUAUCGACACUUCUAAAUUUUCCGCUUCUGCCAUUAGCAGAAACACGCAACAGCAUUACAAUAUCAGGACAGAGUGUUUGUCGAGAUUCUCCUCUAUAUAUGGUUCUCUUCCUAAAAUGGGAUGGAUGUUUGGAAGUAGAGAGGAUGGUUGGGAUGCAUAAGAUUGAAGUUAGAGAAUCGAAGCUCAUAAUAUUAGAUAAUCUUUAUAUUAAGUUUCUAAGUAUAACAGGUUGUGAGAGGCUUCAUUGCCAUGCAAAAAGGUGCAUUGUUUGUGGAUUUUGUGCGUUGUGUUGUAGUUUAUAUGAGCAGGUGGUAUUUAACCUUGUAGAACUAUGCAAA